AUGUCACAUAAUAUAGAAGAAAAAGCGAAAGGAAACAAGGAUAACAAACAGGAAGAGAAGAAGGAGAUAAGAGCCGCCGUCUUACACAGUUUUGGCGGUCUGAAAGCCGUUAAAAUUGUUAAAAGAAAUAUUCCCAUAUUGGCAGAUAGCGAAGUGCUCAUUAAUGUAAAAUUAUGCGGCGUCAACUUCCAUGACAUAACGACGCGUCUCGGCCUCGUCGACUCCCCCCCCCUCAAGACGCCCUUCGUCCUCGGGUCUGAGUGCGCGGGCGUGGUGGAGGCACUGGCUGAGGGCGUGACAGAGUUCCAGGUCGGGGAUCGCGUGGUGGCGCUGCCAGACGCACGAGCCUGGGCAGAUGUCGUACCGGUGGCGAGCAAGUACGUCUACGCGGUGCCGGAGACGAUGCCGCUGCAGGAAGCAGCCGCCAUCACCCUGACUUACAGCAUGGCUUAUAUGUUGGUGGACAAGAUAGCUAGCGUGAAGCCCGGAAACACCAUACUCCUGUAUUCGGCUGGCGGAGCGGUGGGCCAAGCUAUCUGCGCAUUGGUCAAGGCAAUCGGUGACGUCACGGUGGUGGGCGUGGCUUCCGAGGGGAAACGGGAGCAAAUCAAAAAUUCUGUGACCCAUUUUGUCGACAGAACUGCAGACAUUUCAACCGAAGUCAAAAAGCUGUGCCCCGGGGGAGUGGAUGUCGUUCUGGACUGCGUUGGGGGGGCGGAGGGGGGGAGGGGGGGAUACGCCCUCCUGCGGCCCACGGGGAAGUACGUGCUGUUUGGCUCGUCAGGCUUAGUCACUGGAGAAUCGAGAAGUAUUUUAAGCGUAAUGAGAUCGUGGUGGUCGGCAGAGAAAGUGUCUCCUCAGCGCCUUUGUGAAGAAAAUAAAGGCAUUUUCGGAUUUAAUUUCCGUCGCUUGCUUCAUCAUCAGCCCGGCGGCCACGAAAUGGUGAGGGAGGCGGUGGACGCGAUCUACAAGCUUUGGCAACAAGGCGAGAUUCCUGCCAAUAUCGACGGGACUUUCGCCCUUGAGGAGGUGACCGACGCCAUGGCGAAACUACACGAGAGGAAAAAUGUCGGAAAAUUGCUUCUCGAUCUUUCUAUGGAACCGAAGGAGAAGGAGGAAGAGGAAGAGAAGAAGGAAGAGAAGAAGGAAGAGAAGAAGGAGGAGAAGAAGGAAGAGAAGAAGGAAGAGAAGAAGGAGGAGAAGAAGGAAGAGAAGAAGGAGGAGGAGGAGAAGAAGGAGAGUUGGCUUGAAGAAAAACAAGCAGUUCAGAACCUUGUCACUGGGAUAGGGACAGCAUCUAACGGGAACCACCAAGUCUCCCAAAAUUCUCAAGUUUCCACAGCAGUAAAUGAUGUCAGGUUGAUGUGGGGUUAUGUGGCUAUGUGCCAGGUUUCCCAAGCUAUGUGGCGAGGUUUCCCAAUGGGCUAUGGGCUAUGUGGCGAGGUUUCCCAACUACGCGGGACCACAUGGGACCACUUGGGACCACAUGGGACUACUUGGGACCACAUGGGACCACUUGGGACCAUAUGGGACCACUUGGGACCACGUGAGAGCCUAUAG